AUGUCAGCAAUUGAACCGCCGGUGUCUGGAAUCCUCCAUCGCGGUGUGGUCGCCCAGCAAGGACAAUCGUGGAGAGAAGCUGUUCAAUGGCCACGCUCACUCAGGGCGAGAGAUGCCUCCACCUGCGUCCCUUUCAAGUACGGCUCAAGGAGAUCCAUCAAGCCCGGAUAUACCGACAUCCCUCUUCUUUACAACCGGCGACGCCACGACCGUCUCAAUACAAAUAGCGCAUUUGUCCGCGCACUGUCAGUUAAUCGAUGGCCAGGGGCCCGGACUAUCGCCAAAGAAUGCACCCUGUUAUCCUGCCGUUGCAGUGUGGUGGCACUACGGUGCGCUGCAAAUUCUAAUGGCAUCCAGGCCAUCUCCUACCUGCUCACGGAGGCGGGGCGGGCCGUGGGUGUUGACGAGUGGGAACGGGAGGUGACGAGGGAGCGAUCGCGGCCUGAAGAGAGGGGAUUUUACUCGUCCAGUCAGAAGCAUGCGCCGUCUCGUCCAGGGACCGAGCUGAGUAUAGUAGGGGAUUGCUCAGCGCUGCAAUAA